AAAUGCAAAUGGCUUUUUCUUCAAAGAAACAAUGUGUCAGCAGAAGAACAGACCUAGAGUUCAACAAAGAUCCUGAUUUUAACUUCAGCUCCAACAUUCCAGCAGAUGGUGUCUUCAAAGCGACAAGCCAAGGGUUGCCUAAAUCUGCCAAGAAAGGGGAGCCGCUUUUGAAGAAGCCAGCUACAAGAGGACCUCUUAACAGAUACAAACUAGAAGCAGAGUUGAAGACCAAGAAUCAGACGCUGGAAACAGCCAAGCAACAUCUACAUUCCAAAUUAACAGAAGCACAGUGCACCAUAAAGGGCUUAAAGGAGGAGAAUGAAGGCCUGGUACAAGAAGUUGAGAAGUUCAAGAAACUUCAGGAGACUUGCAUGGUGAUUUUAGAAAGCAGAAACAUUGAUCCUGUUACAGGCAGCACCAUUUUGGAGGAGGAAGAAAAGACACAGGAAUACCAGAGGCAGACAGCGCUGUUAACAGAGAAGCUCAUAGAAGAAUUGAGGCUGUUUAAUCAAAUGGCUGCAAAAGAAAAUGAGAUACUUCAGAUGGCGAUGGUGAAGUGGAAAGCAGCAGAAGAGGAGAGGCGCUGCUCCCUGGAGCAGCAUUCCUUCUUCCAAGCAUCCAUGAAGGAGUGUUCAGGGGUACUUGACAAGCUGGAGCUGCUCCUGGCUAU